AUGGAGGAAACAUAUCUUCUGCAUCACCCUGGGGUUAAGAAGAAGAUCCUUCAUGGAGGUCUGGGACCAAUGCCCCACUUUCCUCCAGGGACAAAACUCGUGUUCCACUUCCAGACGACGAAGGACAACUUUGAGAGGACAGUGAUCGAUGACAGUCGUAGAGGCAAGCAGCCCAUGGAGAUCUUUGUGGGCAAGAUGUUCAAGAUGGAGGUGUGGGAAGUCCUGCUGACCUCCAUGAGGGUUGGCGAGGUGGCAGAGUUCUGGUGUGACGCCAUCCACACCGGCUUGUACCCCAUCGUCUCCAAGGGCAUGCGGCUCAUCGCCCAGGGCAAGGACCCCCUGGAAGGGCAGGAGCACAUGUGCGGCAUGGGAAACAUGUUCUACUACAACUGCUCGGGCUUACCAGAGCUGGAUGAGCUGACGAAGGAACCCCAGCCGCUCAUCUUCAUCAUGGAACUGCUCUCGGUGGGUGACCCCUACUCCUACAAGCGGGAGUCCUGGAUGAUGGGGAAGGACGAGAAGCUGCAGGUCGUCCCAACGCUGCACCUGCAGGGCAACACCCUGGUCAAGCAGGGCCGCUUCCGUGACGCCGCCAGCACGUACCAGGAGGCCGUGGUGCUCCUGAGGACUGUGCAGUCCAGGGAGAUGCCGGGCGACGAGGUCCAUGUCAACCUGGAGCGGCUCAUCGUCCCGCUCGUGCUGAACUACUGCCAGUGCAUGCUGGAGCUGCAGGAGUACUAUGAGGUUCUGGAGCACACCACAGAGCUCCUGGAGAAACACAAAGACAAUGUCAAGGCCUACUACAAGCGGGCCAAGGCCCACGCGGCGGUGUGGAACAAGACGGAGGCCCGCCAAGACUUCCUCACUGUGGCCAGGCUGGACGUCACCCUGGCAGCGCUGGUGCAGCGAGAGCUGAGGCACCUGGCCGACAGGAUGCGGGAGAAGCACCUGGAGGAGAAGAACAGCUACCGGGCCAUCCUGCAGGAGAAAGGAGGGCAGACCAGUCUACGAGGGGAUGGAGGGAAAUGGGAGACCACAGCCCGAGAGGAGGGUGCUGGGGGCACCUCACAUGGUCCUGGGGAAGAAAAAACACAGGAGUCAAAAACGGGCCAAAGCGGGAACCAGGAAGCAGCCGGAAAACGCGGAGAAAGGCAGGAAACCUGGCGGGGAGCUUCUGCGCCGACGGAGGGGAAGGACUGGCAGCAAAUGCUGCGGCUGGUUCCUCUGCUUCAGGACGAGGGCAACUUCCUGGUCAAAGAGCUCCGCUACCUGGAGGCCGCUGAGAAAUACCAGGAGGCUAUUGAGUACAUUCAUUCCCUCAAAGACAUGGUGGACGUUGACCGUAAUAAGGAAGACUGGGACUCCCUGGAGAAGCUGCAUCUCCCCCUGUCUCUCAACCUCAGCCAGUGCAUGCUGGAGCUGGGCGAAUACCACCAGGUGCUGGAGACCAACACAAAGCUGCUGAGAAAACACAGAGGGAACCUGAAGGCGAUGUUCCAGUCUGCGCGGGCUCACGCAGCUCUGCACCAGGAGAACGAGGCCCGCAAGUCCUUUGCUCACAUCGCCAAGCUGGACCCCAAGUUGAAGCCCAUUGCCUGUAUGGAGCUGAAAAAGAUGAGCGAGAGCAUCCGGGCCAAGCAUGUGCUGGAGAAGAGGAGCUACUGGGCAGUGGCGGAGGAGAGGUGGGGUCAAGGCGGACCGGGGAAAAAUGGGGAAGCGAUUCAGCAGGGGAAGGAAGCAGGGGCCCUCAGAGAGGAUAGAGUGCAGCUUGUAAGGACCACGAAGAACAGGGAGAGCAAAGAUGGGCAUGAAACCACAAAGACGACAGAAUCACUGCUAGGUCCCAGUGUGGAAAUGGCAUCAGAGAAUCAAAGAACAGUUGACCCCUGUGUGGAAAUGGCACGAGAGAACCAAAGAACAGUGGACCACGGUAUGAAAAUGGCAUCAGAGAAUCAAAGAACAGUGGAUGACAGUGUGAAAAUGGCAUCAGAGAAUCAAAGAACAGUGGACCAAAUUGUGGAAAUGGCAUCAGAGAAUCAAAGAACAGUGGACCACAGUGUGGAAAUGGCAUCAGAGUAUCAAAGAACAGUGGACCAAAUUGUGGAAAUUGCAUCAGAGAAUCAAAGAACAGUGGACCACAGUGUGGAAAUCGCAUCAGAGAAUCAAAGAACAGUUGACCCCUGUGUGGAAAUGGCACCAGAGAACCAAAGAACAGUGGACCACAGUGUGGAAAUGGCAUCAGAGAAUCAAAGAACAGUUGACCCCUGUGUGGAAAUGGCACCAGAGAACCAAAGAACAGUGGAUGACAGUGUGAAAAUGGCAUCAGAGAAUCAAAGAUCACUGGACCACAGUGUAGAAAUCACAUCAGAGAAUCAAAGAACAGUGGACCACAGUGUGGAAAUGGCACCAGAGAAUCAAAGAACAGUGGAUGACAGUGUGAAAAUGGCAUCACAGAAUCAAAGAUCACUGGACCCCAGUAUGGAAAUGGAAUCAGAGAACCAAAGAACAGUGGACCACAGUGUGGAAAUGGCACCAGAGAACCAAAGAACAGGGGACCACGGUAUGAAAAUGGCAUCAGAGAAUCAAAGAACUGUGGAUGACAGUGUGAAAAUGGCAUCAGAGAAUCAAAGAACAGUGGAUGACAGUGUGAAAAUGGCAUCAGAGAAUCAAAGAUCACUGGACCACAGUGUGGAAAUCGCAUCAGAGAAUCAAAGAACAGCGGACCAAAGUGUGGAAAUGGCAUCAGAGAAUCAAAGAACAGUGGACCACAGUGUGGAAAUGGCACCAGAGAAUCAAAGAACAGUGGACCAAAGUGUGGAAAUGGCAUCAGAGAAUCAAAGAACAGUGGACCACAGUGUGGAAAUGGCAUCAGAGAAUCAAAGAACAGUGGACCACAGUGUGGAAAUGGCAUCAGAGAAUCAAAGAACAGUGGAUGACAGUGUGAAAAUGGCAUCAGAGAAUCAAAGAACAGUUGACCCCUGUCUGGAAAUGGCACCAGAGAACCUAAGAACAGUGGACCCCAGUAUGGAAAUGGAAUCAGAGAAUCAAAGAACAGUGGACCACAGUGUGGAAAUGGUACCAGAGAACCAAAGAACAGUGGACCACGGUAUGAAAAUGGCAUCAGAGAAUCAAAGAACAGUGGACCAAAGUGUGCAAAUGGGAUCAGAGAAUCAAAGACCAGUAGAUCCCAGUGUGGAAAUGUCAUCAGAUAGCCAAAGAACAGUAGACCCCAGUGUGGAAAUAGCACCAGAAAACUGAAGUACAGUGGACCCCAAUGAAGUGAGGAUGUCAGAGAACCAAAGAACAGUGGACCCCAAAAAAGAAAUGGCACCAGAAAACUGAAGAAUAGUGGACCCCAAUGUGGAGAUGGUAUCUGAGAACUGGUGAAAUGUGAACCCUAGUGUGGAAAUAGUACGGUGCACCCCAUGGGGAGAGAGUGUCAGAGAAUUCACCUGGAGAAAAGGACAAUAGACACACAGAUUUGAUUAUCAGUAUAGAAGCGUAAUGCCUCCAGCACAAAGAUUUGAGUACAGGACACCUUGGAACCCUCGCAGUCAGACAUGGGCAGUGCCAAGGCCAUCUGGGAAUUGGGCGAUGACCUAGGUCAUGGAGACCCGGAACACUCAGCUGGGUGAUAUCACAUCAAUGGAACAAAGUGAAUGGGAGAGGGUGUUUGCUGAGAUGGAUAUCAGCAAUGAGGAUGGGAGGGGCUGACUUGAGAAAGACAAGUGCACUGGUCGAGGAGGAGCAGGAAUGCAUCAGACUGACACUACAAAUAACAUUCAUCAAAAAAACACAAAUUCAGGUUCCGAGUAAACAGAACU